CGCCAGCCAAGACCAGACCUCCAGAAUGAACCGCUUCGUCGCCGCCCUCCGCCCUCUGUCGCGCGCUGUCGCCCGCCCGCAGUUCGUGUCCCGCGCCGCCCCCGCGCGCUUCUUCAGCGCGCAGACGUUCCUGGACCGCAACGAGGUGAGCGAGCGCGUGCUGGGCGUCGUCAAGAACUUCGAGAAGGUGGACGCGGACGCCGUCAAGGAGGGCGCCAAGUUCCAGGAGGACCUGGGCCUGGACUCGCUGGACGUGGUGGAGGUCGUCAUGGCCAUGGAGGAGGAGUUCACCAUCGAGAUCCCGGACAACGAGUCGGAGAAGCUGCUCACGCCCGCGCAGGUCAUCGACUACAUCGCCGCCCACCCCAUGGCCAAGUAAAUGCCGUCUCGGAGUAUGCUGCUGUUAGUCUGCAGUGCGCGUCGCAGUGCUGUCCAAGAGAGCUGCUGCUGAGUCUCUAGGGUAGCGGCACAGCCUCACGUCUCCUCGACGCCGCUUCACGGCGAGAAAGAUACAGGUUCUCGUCGCGUUGGGAGCGCCGAGGGAGGCUGGUGCGGCGACGCACGGAACCGACACUUAGCCUUCAUUAACGAAACCAAAAAGAAAGCUACUUUGAUAAAGACGCGAGCGUGUUGAGUUGG